AUGAAAACCCCCAAAUCUGUUUAUACAAAGGUGGAUGCGAGGCUCAGGGUGUGCUCAGUGCCUGGCUGUUUCCUGCAAGAUCUCUCAAAUCCAGCUUCCCACUACAUGAAGUAUUUCAAGAAGAACAAAGAGGAGCUGACACAGAAGCUCUACAGUCUGUACAACAGCACCAUCUUUGAGCAGCAGUUACCAGAGAAGAUGGCAAUAAUCUGGAAUAAGAAAAUGAGAAAAACAGCAGGAUAUUGUGUGACUGGGCAGACAGCAGGUCCUGAAGCAAAGCGUUAUGCUCGCAUAGAACUUUCUGAGAAGGUCUGUGACUCUGCAGAUCGUCUUCGAGACACGCUGAUCCAUGAGGCUUGCCAUGCAGCCACCUGGCUGAUCCAUGGUGUUCGUGAUGGACAUGGACAGUUCUGGAGGUUCUAUGCCGAUAAAUCAGCUGUGAUUCACCCAGAGCUACCAGUAGUAACACGGUGCCACAACUAUGAGAUUAAUUACAAAUUCACCUACAUGUGUGUUCUCUGCAAAGCCAGGAUUGGGCGCCAUUCCAAGUCUCUGGACACGGACCGCUUCGUGUGUGCAUUCUGUGGGGGGCAGCUGGUCCUGAGCCAACCUGCUGGGAAGGAUGGCACUCCUGCCAGGACACACCUCACCCCCUUUGCAAAGUAUGUGAAAGAGAACUAUGGCCUUGCUAAAAGGGAGCAGCAGGAGCUGGGCCACGCAGACUUGAUGCGGAAGCUCAGCGCUGAUUUUGCUUUAAAAACGAGGCUUCAGGACUCCCUCCAACAGCUCAGUACAUCUCCUUGA